GAGAGGAGAUGGGGACAUUGCUCCUCCCCCGGGGUCCUGGCUUUGCGGGGGCGAGGAAGGGAUGGAGUGAAUCUUUGGCGAGGACCUGGGCUAGGAACUCUCCACCACAGCUUCCCCCCACCUCAGCCAUGGACAACCCCAGCGUACAGGAACUCCAACAACCCUUGCUGCCAAACACAGCCUGUGAUCUCCUGUCCCCCAAGUUUGACAAACCAGAGCUGGGACCCCCCUUCCCAGAAACAGCCUUUGUGGAAUCUCUGAGAGGCCGGCAGUUCCUCCUUCCACCUCUUCCUUCUGUGAGCGCUGGCCUGGGAGAGCCUGAGACCCCUGACCUUGAGGUUCUCGUACCCAAGGACACAUCAUCCAGUGACAGUGACUCAGAUUACGAUGGGGACGACCGUCUCUCACCUCUUCUGCCCCAUGACCACCUGGGCCUGGCGGUCUUCUCUGUCCUGUGUUGUUUUUGGCCUGUGGGCAUCGCUGCCUUCUGUCUGGCCCACAAGCUCUCCCAUCCCAUAGGGGGAGCCACAGUGCUGGUCAUUUCCUGGCUGCCUCUCGACCGCCCACUCUCCCUUCCUUGCUCGGUACUACAGACAAACCAGUGAUCCAGUCCCCACAGCUCCCUUGCCGUUAGGUUUUCCCAGUUAUCUGAGGGGAGCCCAGGAAGCCCUGAGAGAAGCAUUGUGGUCCCCACUCUGACACCAGCAGUUUCAGUAAAAGCCACAGAGGUGAGGUGGGUUCUGAACUCCCACAGCCAAGAUAGAACCCUGCCCCCCAGCUCUAUUCUGUGUGUACAUCUGCAACCAACUGUGAUGAUGAUAUCA